UCUGCUCAACAAAAAAAAAAGGAAAAAAAAAUGGGCGAUAACAACGGAGCCAAGCAAUGGAACUUUGGAGCUAACGAGGUAGUCGAACGAUCUAGCUCGCUUGGCAUUCGUGAUUAUCUUAACAACUUAAUGAGUAACCUCGACGGUCAAGACAAGAGACCUGUCAUCCCCCUCGGACACGGCGACCCUUCUCCGUUCCCUAGCUUUCGUACCGACCAAGCAGCUGUUGAAGCUAUCUGCGAUGCUGUCCGCUCGACCAAGUUUAACAACUACUCUUCUUCUUCUGGUAUUCCUGUCGCUAGGAAGGCUGUUGCGGAGUACCUCUCUCGCGAUCUUUCUUACGAGAUAUCACCAAAUGAUGUUCAUAUCACAGUUGGUUGUUUGCAAGCCGUUGAGAUUUUGGUAUCCGCGCUCGCAACUCCAGGAGCCAACAUCCUGCUGCCUAGGCCUAGUUACCCGAUGUAUGAUUCCCGAGCAGCGCUCUGCCAACUAGAGGUUCGUUAUUUUGACCUCCUACCAGAAAAUGGUUGGGAUGUUGAUCUUGAUGGAGUUCAAGCUCUUGCUGAUGACAAAACCGUGGCUAUUGUUGUUAUCAACCCAUGCAAUCCUUGUGGAAACGUUUUCUCUUACCAACAUCUUCAAAAGAUUGCAGAGACGGCUUCCAAGCUUGGAAUUCUUGUGAUAGCAGACGAAGUCUAUGACCAUUUUGCCUUUGGGGACAAACCAUUUGUGUCCAUGGCGGAGUUUGCAGAGAUAGUGCCGGUAAUAAUGUUAGGUGCCAUAUCAAAAAGAUGGUUUGUUCCUGGCUGGAGACUUGGCUGGAUGGUGACUCUUGACCCUCAUGGCAUCAUGAAAGAUUCUGGGUUUUCUCAGACUCUUACCAGUGUCCUCAACAUGUCGACGGAUGCUGCAACGUUCGUUCAGGGUGCAAUGCCUGAUAUCAUUGGGAAUACAAAGGAAGAAUUUUUCUCAUCAAAACUCGAAAUGGUGAAAAAAUGCGCAGAGUUUUGUUAUGAGGAGUUGAUGAAGAUCCCUUGCAUUACAUGCCCUUGCAAACCCGAGGGGUCAAUGUUCACGAUGGUGAAGUUAAACCUUUCGCUUCUCGAAGAUAUCAGUGAUGAUUUGGACUUCUGCUCCAAGCUGGCUAAAGAGGAAUCCAUGAUCAUCCUACCAGGUAGAGCUGUUGGGCUUAGUAACUGGCUACGUAUCAACUUUGCAGUUGAGCUCAAGCUCCUCAUAGAAGGAUUUGCCAGGCUAAAAAACUUUGCCGAGAGACACUCCAAGAAGUAGCCAUGAGAAUUUGAGACUCUCUCGUUUUCAACAGCCAAAGAAAAUUAGAUUUUGCUUAAAGGCUUAAUUGCAUAAUAUUGUUGGGUUUGUGAAAGAAUAGAAUUAAGACAAGAUGUGAAGAAAACAUAUCUUGUAUCUUUCUUAAAACAUAUCUUAAAUCUUUCUUAAAACAUAUUUUUAGCGGUUGGGAUGAAUAAUUAAGGUUAACAUGGUGAUA